CCAUUCGACAGAUUUCCGUGAACUAUGGCUGACACACAAGCUAAGCCCGCUGCUGCUGCGCCUAAGGCUGCAAAGGCACCCAAAGCGGCAAAGGCCGCCAAGGCACCAAAGGCUGAAAAGUCCGCCGAGGCUGUGACGAAGGUUUCUGCCAAGAAGUACAAACGUCAUGGUCGUCUGUUUGCCAAGGCUGUCUUCACUGGCUACAAGCGCGGUUUGAGGAACCAGCACGAGAACCACGCCAUCCUUAAGAUUGAGGGUGCUCGUCGCAAGGAGCAUGGCGAGUUCUACGUUGGCAAGCGUUGCGUGUAUGUCUACAAGGCACAGACCAAGAAGUGCGUGCCACAGCAUCCUGAGCGCAAGACCCGUGUCCGCGCUGUGUGGGGCAAGGUUACCCGCAUCCACGGCAACACUGGCUCCGUGCGUGCCCGUUUCAACAGGAAUUUGCCCGGUCAUGCUAUGGGACACCGCAUCCGCAUCAUGCUGUACCCUUCAAGGAUUUAAGUUAUUAAUUAACUUUUAAUGACCUGCUAAAAAUCCGUUUACAUAAUAAAUGAAACAAUUUAAAUUUAA